CAAUGCUCCCCCCUCGACAAGCAUGAACCACGGCGAGGAACGAGACUCUCUCCUGGGCCCUGGCUUCCGAAGCGAUCAAGCGAAAGGAACAAGCUGUCGACGACGUAACCCAAGACAGGGUCGAUGAGACCGAUCAGAAUCUCUUGCUGAUUUCCAUGGCAAAUUAACCCGCCCUUGAUCGAGGCACGCAGAAACCAAGAAGAGUGACACCAAGGAACACGGGCACACAGCCAGCAGCCAAGGCCUACUGCUAUAUAUACAGACACGGAAUCAAUCAGCUAAUAGCCAUCGAGCCGAGAGCAGCACCGGCCGCAUCUUGUCGAUCGACGCCGCGAUCGAGCUCGCUAGCUCGAAGCUUUCAAGGGAGGCGAUGGAGGGAGACAAGGCCAGCGGCUGCGGCGGCCUGGUGCUGCUCAACUGCUUCGUGAGCCCCUACGGCAACCGCGUGCGCAUCGCGCUGAAGCGCAAGGGCCUGGCGUACGAGGAGAAGCCCGAGAACCUGGCGGCCAAGAGCGCGCUGCUGCUGUCCUCCAACCCCGUCCACGCCAAGGUCCCCGUCCUCCUCGUCGGGGGCAAGCCCGUGUGCGAGUCGCUCGUCAUCCUCCAGUUCAUCGACGAAGCCUUCGCCGGCGCCGGCGAGCCGCUCCUCCCCGCCGCCCCCUGCGCCCGCGCGCACGCCCGCUUCUGGGCCUCCUACGUCGACACCAAGCUGCCGGAGUGCGCGGUGCGCGUGUGGCGGUCGCCCAAGGGAGCUGCGGCGGUGGAGGAGGGGAAGAAGGACAUGGUGGCCGUGCUCAAGACGCUGGAGGCGGAGCUGGGCGCCAAGCCCUACUUCGCCGGGGACGCGCUCGGGUACGUGGACGUGGCGUUGGUGCCGUUCGCGCCGUGGUUCCUGACCUACGAGAGGCUCGGCGGGUUCACCAUCGCCGCCGAGUGCCCGGCGCUCGCGGCUUGGGCGGAGCGCUGCGUCCGGGAGAACGAGUGCGUGGCCGAGUCGCUGCCGGAGCCCGAGGACGUGUUCGAGUUCGUGUGCGGCAUGAGGAAGAUGCUCGGCCUCGACUGAGGCGCGCGCGCGGCGCGGCGCGGGUGCUCGCCGCCCCUCGCGGGCGGCGCCGGCAAGAUAUAUAAGCUUGGCUGCAAUAAGGAGGGAAUGGAUCAUCGGGUCGGUGCCUGUGUUUUGGUUUGCUUUGCACGCACGGCCCGCGCGGUGCGCGACUGUGCACCGUUGGAUGCAUAACCUCGUCACAAACUUGUCGAUGCUUGGCUAUUGUGACGCAUGUCGUUUUGUGCUCUUGUGUUUUUCAAAUCUUGCUGAUUUUUUUCGCGACGUUUUGACAUUUGUGGUUGUAAUUUCUUUUUUUUUCUCUUCAGGACUUGUUUGGCAGUGGUUGAUUUUGAAUUGAUAAAUGAUUUUCACGCCAUCCGCUUGGGUGUGUGGGCGUGCAUGUGCGUUUAUGACUUGUACUCAUAAAGGAAAUAAACUACAUAUAUACCUCU